AUGCCACUCUCCGUCGCGUCCCUAAAAUCCGUAAACUCGGAGGCUUCGGCUAUCGAGGAUCGGAAGCUGACGUCAGAUGCGCCGCUCGCCGAGGCUGCAACGCAGGAUCGGGCUGGAUGUGUGGACGAGGCGGUGACGAGGCCGUCGCUGGUGCAGCUGCUGACGCACCCCUUGGCGCUCCUUCGCGGCAUUCCCAAGGACGCCGCGUUUUUCAUCUCCGGCGCCGUCUCCGGCGCUGCCGCUAAAACCGCGACCGCGCCGCUAGACCGAUGGAAGCUGAUGAUCCAGGUCAAGAGCGUUCUACCGGGGAAGGUCAUCCCGCCGAGAGAGAUUAACCUCCUUAAGACAUUUCUUGACAUUGGAAAGGAAGGCGGCGUUACUGCUUACUGGAAAGGAAACCUGCCCCAGGUCAUGCGCAUCGUGCCCUACAGUGCCGUGCAGCUGUUCGCCUACGAGCUCUACAAGAAGCAAUUCCAAGGCAGCAGCAAGGAGUUGUCGGUGCCGGCGCGGCUGGCGGCGGGGGCGUGCGCGGGGAUGACGUCGACGCUGGUGACGUACCCGCUGGACGUGCUGCGAUUGCGCAUGGCGCUUGAUGUCACCAACGGGAGCAUCGCGCAGGUAGCGAUGGCGAUGGUGAGGGAGGAGGGCGCGAGGUCGCUGUACAAGGGGCUGGGGCCGGCGCUGGUGUCCAUUGCGCCCUACAUCGCCCUCAACUUCUGUGCCUACGACAUGAUAAAGCGGCGGGUGCCGGAGCAGUAUCAAGGCACGCCGCAGGCGAACCUGGUGACGGCGCUGGCAGCAACGACACUGGCCACCGUGUCGUGCUACCCCAUUGACACGGUGCGGCGCCAGAUGCAGAUGAAGGGGUCGCCCUUCAACUCCAUGAUUGAGGCCUUCCCAGGAAUUGUGAGGCGAGAUGGAUGGCUGGGGCUCUACCGAGGCUUUAUUGCCAACACGGUGAAGAACCUCCCUAACAGCAGGUAA